CGGUAUUCUGGUACUUGCUGUUUUCCGAAGCCAAUGAUGAUAGCUGUUGUGGUGUUUAUCUUAGCACUACAGAGUGCUGCACAUGCAGAUUUGUUUACAUCGGUCGCAGAAAUGGAGUUACUUCUGGAAGCUGAAAAAGGAAUUCCUGAUUUGCUGGAUAUGUACAUCGAAAGGUUCCAGCUACGUUUGAAUGAAAUCAAACAGCUUUCAAUGGGAAAAAAACACCGAAACGAUCAUAGCCUGGGAAAUGAUAUGCGAGUGCUAAGCAAUCCAAUCAGUGCUUAUCUACUUAUCAAAAGACUGAUUGAGGAAUGGAAUAAUAUAAAACGGUUGGCAGGAAGUGAUAUUGGUGAAGAGUUGUUAAAGGAAAUUUCAGAAUUGCGAGCAGUGAAUUAUGUGAAAAACCCCACUAUGGAAGAUUUGGAUGGAGCUGCGAUAGCCUUACUUCGGCUGCAAGAUACCUAUCGGCUGAAUGUUAAAGAGAUAGCUGACGGGAAAAUUCUGAAUGCUUCUGUGGUCCAACCAUUUACAGCCAGGGAUUGUUUUGAUAUUGGUCGAGCAGCAUACAAUGUGAAUGACUAUUACCAUACCGUAAUAUGGAUGGAAGAGGCACAGGAACGGUUGCGGACUGAAAUGCCGCACGAAACUGUGCAAUUAAAGGAAAUUUUGGAAUAUUUGGCUUUUGCGCUGUUCAAACAAGGUAAUCUGAAACGCGCCCUACUGCUUACUGAACAGCUGUAUACAAUUGAUCCAAAUCAUCCGCGGGCAAGGAACAACAUUAAAUGGUAUGAGGACUUGUUGGCGGAGGAUGGUGUAAAGCCGAUUGACUAUCGACGAAAUAUCCCCCCGGUAACUAAUCCCCGGCCUAAGAAUGGCUUGAAGACAACGGAACAUGACAUGUACGAAGCCUUAUGUAGGAAUGAAGUACCCGUGAGCGUUAAAGCAACUUCAAAACUGUACUGCUACUACAAAAUGGAUCGUCCAUUCUUGCGUUUGGCUCCUUUCAAAGUCGAGAUUUUGAGAUUCAGUCCGCUUGCCGUAUUCUUUCGUGAUGUUAUCACAGACGAAGAAGUGACAAUAAUUCAGAUGUUGGCGACACCAAGAUUGCGAAGAGCUACUGUGCAAAACUCAAUAACUGGUGAACUUGAAACAGCGUCAUACCGAACAAGUAAAAGCGCAUGGCUGAAAGACGAGGAACACGAAAUUGUCCAUCGAAUCAAUAGAAGAAUUGAUCUGAUGACUAAUUUGGAGCAAGAGACUUCAGAGGAAUUGCAGGUUGGAAAUUAUGGUAUUGGUGGUCAUUACGAUCCUCAUUUUGACUUUGCAAGAAGGGAGGAGGUGAACGCUUUUCAAUCGCUCAACACGGGAAACCGUUUGGCAACAUUGUUAUUUUAUAUGACGCAGCCUGAAUCAGGAGGUGCCACCGUAUUUACCGAAGUCAAAACAACAGUUAUGCCUUCCAAAAACGAUGCACUAUUUUGGUAUAAUCUGUUGCGCAGUGGUGAGGGUGACUUAAGAACGCGUCACGCUGCAUGUCCUGUAUUAAUCGGUUCGAAAUGGGUCUCAAACAAAUGGAUACAUGAACGUGGCCAAGAAUUUCGAAGGCCUUGUGGCUUAAGCCGAUCAGUGGAGGAACGGUUUGUCGGCGAUCUAGGUGCAUAAAUACUAUUGGAAAGUUCAAGUACAUUAAAAACUUAGCUAAGAAUUUAUGUAUUAUGUUUCUAAGCUACAAUGUAACUGUUAUAUUUAUAUCAGUUGUCUAUCAGUUGCACUGGCAUCACGUUAUUUUAAAAAAAUUCAUAUGUAUUACAGAAUGGAUUUGCUCCUCCAAUUGAUUUAUGUACAUAC